CGCCGCCCUUGAAUCAGCUUCGUGAAAUCGAUUGAUCUUUACUUUACGCGCACUACCGCCACUACUAAACCCGCAUACGCCGAUCGCGAGUGAUGGAGGACCAAAACUGCACAUCUGGAUUCAUUGCUGUACAUUUGGGAGCUGGGUAUCAUUCCACUGUCAAUCAGAGAGAAUAUAAAGCAGUAUGUCAUCAAGCUUGUGUGCAGGCUAUGAAGAUGAUACGUGAUAAGUGUUCUGCUCUGGAUGUAGUUACUACCACCGUUGGCAUCCUAGAGGACAGUCCAUUCACCAAUGCAGGCGUGGGGUCCAACCUGAAUCUGUGCGGCAAUGUGGAAUGCGAUGCCAGCAUAAUGGACGGGCGGAGCCUGCAGUAUGGGGCCGUUGGAGCAUUAUCUGGCAUACAGAAUCCCAGUAAAGUCUGCAGAGCGCUCAUAUUGGAACAGAUGAAAGGAUCACUGUCAUGUGGAAGAAUCCCACCUAGUUUCUUGGUAGGUAAUGGGGCAUUGCAGUGGGCACGGGAUCACGGCAUUCAGGAGACUGCGACCAGUGUGCUGCUGACGAAGGGCGCCCUCUCUGCAUAUCGCAAGCACAAGAGGAGGCUGUCUGCAGCGGAACUGAGCUCACCGAAGAAACCCAGCUGGACAAAUAACCAUGUGCGACUUCCAUGCUUUGAUGCUGUCAGCAUUCCAACUGAUGAUGUUGUUGAUUGCAGAGAUUCACCGUUGGACACCGUAGGUGCUGUGUGUGUGGACGCCAGUGGUAACGUCAGCAGUGCUGUGUCCAGUGGGGGCAUCGCCCUCAAACAUCCAGGUAGAGUGGGUCAGGCAUCAUCAUAUGGUUGCGGCUGCUGGGCCCAGAACAGAAACAAUGACGGCAAGCCGUCAGUGGCUUGUUCUACAUCCGGCUGCGGAGAGCAUCUCGUGAAAACCCUGCUCGCCAAGGAGUGCUGUGACAGUCUUCUGCAGUCCGACGAUGGCGCUGCCAUGGCGAUACAGAGGGUCUUCACGGAGAGAUUCUUGGAAUCACCAUUUCUGGCAUCCGUUGACGAGAAGCUAGGGGGCGCUCUUGUGUUGAGCCACUGCCUGGAUGACGGCGUGGAGUUAGUGUGGGCACACACUACUGAGACAAUGUGCCUAGGCUACAUGAGUACCAACUCAAGCACCCCAAAGUUCCAGCUGUCCAGUUUGCCAACCUCCGCAGUACCAGGGAAGUCUCUUCAUAUACAAGGCAUUCACUGCAAGCAACCCCCAUAGCUGCAAUGCAGGAUGAUGCUGAAUGAGGUGAUUUUAAUAGACCCUCUCAUAGACAGCCAUCUUCGUAGGAAAAUCACAUCUAACGCCAUCAGGCGUGCAUGUUGCUCGAAAUUUCUCGGAAAUAUGGCACAGCCGAUGCGUGUCACGCAAAUGUGACUACCAAAAUGCCGAUGCAUGUGACGAUCUGUAGGCAGUGAUGUCAUUGGAGAGAUAUCUAUUGUAGAUCGUGAGAGAAACUGAACGUGACCACUUAAAUAUGACCAUUUAAAUGUUAUUUGGCUAAAAAAUACCCCAUGCAGAAACUUAGAUGCAACACGUGCAUGAGGUAUGCCUGGGAUUUCCUGGGUAGCAUUGCCAAUGUUCCCAAUACUGGAUUUGAUUUGUCUUGUUGAAAGCAACCUCUGUUCCCAAAGGGGCUUUACUACACUUGUCAUGCUCCAGCUGUAAAAGAAGAAUAAAAUGCAGAUCUAGUCUAGGACUUAGUAUGUCUAAGACGAUGGUGAUAUUACCCAGUUUACGUCGGAUGACGUGUGUAUGUAACGGAUGAUGGAUAUACAUGCUGUCUGCCACCCGCUCGCAGCAAGCGAGGCUGGAAAUAUCAGGGUGUGCUACCCGCAGAUGACGGCUUGAACCCGUCUGGCAUCAAGCUUUGUGAAAAACAAUCCCGCGCCUGGGUCCGGUCAGUGUCCAAAUAAUCCCAGCGCGAACUGGUUAAAAAAAGGGACUUUUCUUGCAUUGAGGGUUGCAUUGAGGGUGGCCGGGAGUCAGGGCCUGACUUCAAGACUUUUUUUUCUAUCGAAGUCUACCAUUUUAUUGUUUUGCCUUGGACUCCACCUGGACUGAACCAGAGUUUUCAUUGAAAAAAGAACAACAUACGAACAUAAUGGAAACUAUGUCUAACAAAACUUGUCUGUGGUUAAAUGACAUUUAUUUCAUUCAUUUUCAAAGGUAUAAUAUCGUUUCUGUACUUUGUUUAUAAUUUGGUUCAUUAAUCGUAACCAGUGAUUACUAAUUUUCAAUUGUGAAUUCACAAAGGGCAUAAUUGCUUUAUGUUGGAAUAAAAGUUUUAGAGGAACAUCGAAAAAAA